UUUUUGUUAUGACUGUGACUCGGUUCUUGUUGGUGUGCUAGCAUGUUGAUGUUUGCUUCUGCAGCAGGUUUUACUGCAGGGUGCCAUGAACGAAAUUAUUUUAAGGACAAAUAAGGGUGAAUACAAUCCAGGAGAAAAUGUCUAUGGUGUUGUAUACUUGAAUAUCUGUAAUCCUACUGCAGGACGAGGUAUUCGUCUUAAGUUUGAAGGAUUAGAAAGCAUUUUUUAUCAGUGCUCAGGGAAUGAAAACCAUGAAGGUCAAUGUUUGAAUGACAGCAAAUGUUAUAUUGAUGCAAAAGAUGUCACACUGUACACCUGUGAAGAUACGGAUGUUAUGGGCAUUGGUUCCUACUGUUUUCCCUUCAAAGUGUCCUUACUCACAGAAAUACCAGGUUCCUUCUCGUCAGAAAAUGGGGCAGAUAAUGGAAAAUGGAGAGCAUCCGUCCAGUAUUGGCUGAAAGCUGAGCUAAUUGGAGCUGAAAGCAUAUCAACUGAUCAGUUCCUAGUGGUAAAUCACCCAUUGCCUAGCUUCCUGCUUCCCAAUGACCCUCCUAUGGCUGUGGACUGUAAAAUUGAGGUCUCUCAUUUCCUGUUUCUCAAGAAGAGCAUGCAUGUCACUGCCAAAUUGACUAAGCAAGUAUGGCAAUCAGGGGAUGUAGCCAAACUGAGAAUCAUCAUCACCAAUAACACAGAUGUCAAAGUGUCCUGUAUUUCUAUCAAGCUAUGUAGAGAACUAAUUUUGGUUAAACGGGGUAUCGUGGUUCCCUGCUAUGACCCAAAGGUUACUGUAGAUGUAGGAAAUGAUAGAACAUACAUCAGACCUGAGGGAGUGGAUCCAAAGGUGGUGUGGGAAAAUUCAAUAGCAGCUUCUGGCUGUAGUCAAGAAGUCCUGAAUAAGGGACUGGAUAAUAUUCGUAUUCCUCUGAGAAAUGAACAAGAAAUGCCCAUCGAAUCCUCAGUCACUGGCUCACACACUCAGUGUUACUACUAUAUUGAUGUCAAGGUUAAACUCCACAACCAUCAGGAGGGAAAUCUUACUGUACCUAUAUAUUGUCUGAUGCACCCAAAGAAUGUAGAGUUCUCAGCAUGGAAGCCUCCCAGCUGGGUUUUUGAAACAGAAGUUAUAAUGGGAAAAUCAAUAUUUUCAGUCCCAAAGACUAUUUUAAGAAGUGAGGCAUUUUCAGAUAUUCCCCGGUUCCAGGCAUUGAGUCAGAUAGAUGAUUGAUACAGGGAUGUUAAUAAAUGUUUUUGUCCUCAUGACUGUCUUGUGAAGUUUUACCUUUUAAAAGUCUUAUUUUUAAGCUUACAAUCUGUGUUCAUUAUAUGAUGCCAGUUUUGCCUUAGCCUAUAUUACAAGGAUGUUAAACAAUACGUUAACAAUGCUGAGUAACACACCAUUUAAAAUUAAUAUGCUAGUCAGUGUAUGUUCUUGCUCUCCAAUUUCAUUGUUUCAGUAAUUUUUUUCUUUAGUGUAAUUUUUUUAAAAGGAAACAAAACGAAACCAUAUCUUUAGUUGAUUUAUUUUACAAAAACAUUGGCUAGAAUAAUUUAGAUGUUUAAUAUUUUGCACUAUGAAAUAAACACUUACUUGCAAAGGAAGAAUAAGGAAAGAAAAAUAUUUACAUAUUUGGACUAUAAUUUAGAAGGAUAGAAAAAUUAAAACUCACCCAAAUCAAUUUUUUUUCUUUGAUAUAUUGAUUAAUAUCAAUAAAAACAGAUACACUUAACUGACAACCCAUUAUUCAUUGAAAAUUAAAAAAAAAUUUUGACAAGAUAUUCACAAUACUGAUUUCCAAAAAUACUAAAUGAUUAAAACAUUGCAGAAAAGAAUAAAAUUUGAUUUUUAUACUAUCAAAUUAGCAUUCUCUUUGCCUUAUUCCCCCAUGUUCUUUAUAAUGAAAUUAGUUAAUAAUGAAGGAUAGGGAUCAUGAAAGAAAAGUCUGUCAAAACAGUUACUUUGGGUAAGUUGUCAGUUCAUUGAAAUCACUUAAACUUCAUUGGAAAGAAAUUGUUGUGUACCUCAUUGAAAUGCAAGUUUAAAAUGGUGCUCUAAUUAUAAAAUAAAAUGCCUGAACUUUGUUAAACACAACAAGCAUCUGUUAUGGAAAAUCCCUUUCUUUGUAAUAAGAAGAACUCUGAUAUGGUUAAAACUGUGUCACUUGCUUGAGAUGUUUUUCAAAAUUGUUGAAUUUUAUUUUUAAUAAAGACCAGAAGAACAAAGUAUUUGUGUUUUCUGAUUGUUUUAGCUGAUAUACCUAUAUUAAUCUGUGAGCCCUGUUUUUGUUUGUCACCAUUAAUAAUAUGUAUGGAAGAACAAGUUUGUUUGUUUGUUUGUUUGUCUGUUUGUUUUUUUGAUAUUAAACAUACAUGUAUGAUGGGGUAUGUUACCUUUAAGUUUUAAGCAUUUUAUUUAUAGAAUAUUUUACUUGUGAUAUUUUACUACAUGUAUGAAGAAUUAUAUUGACUGUUAUGAAUGAUGUAAAAGUGACUUGACUUUAACAUACAAAAAAAAUUAGUCUAUAGUUUCUCGGCACCACCGAAUGUCAAACACUGCGGCAAUGAUCGAUUUUAGUCAUGUAUUAAAAAGGAGAAAAACUCAACUUUCUAUUUUUGAAGUACAAAAAGAAAAUUGAGUUAUUUCCCUUUGCACUCAUAAUUCGAAAAGACACAUUUUCUAUUAAUAGAUACGCAAUAUAUUUCCUGUUAUAAAAAUAUUUUAUCAAUAAGCUUUUAAAAAUGUUUUGUAUAAAAUAAUUAAAGUUGAUUACAAGAGUAAAAAAGGUAAGAUUCAGUUGGUAUUAUCAUUUGCUGAAAAGAAAAAGAGAGAUAACUCUUGCUUUAAAAAAUAAAAUGAAGAAAAAGAGAAAACCUGCCUGCCGUAAUUAAAGACCCUCUAUACACUGAUGAAAAAUGGGUUUUUUUUUUUUUUUUGGACUUUGAGAAAAUUAUGUAAUGUGAAAAAGGCCUGGGAUAUUUUGAAAUUAACUAAUUCAUUUUUAAUAUAGGGAGUGUGCUUUUUUUAUCCAGGAAAAAUCUUCAAAGAUAAUGAAGUAAUAAUAAAUUUCGGUUUUGCUUACUCAAAUGGAGAAAGUACAUGCAAAUAAAGUUUGCAACUACUUUAUAUUGGUCUUAUAUAAUGUUUAGAAUACUUGGAUUUGUUUUAAAUUAUGUCAUAUAGUGCAGAUUACAAUUUAUUCCUUUAUGUCAAAUGAUGGGUCAGUUAAACUACACAAAAGUACCCUGAAAUUUAGGGUGGAAUGCAGAGAGGUCCUUAAUUUUAAAAUUGUUGGAUUGAGAAACUAAAGAUUAAGUUUUUUCCUGGUCUUACAUAAUCCAUUUUUAUAUGUUGUAAGAAUUUGCCCUAGGUUCCUUAUUACAAAGAUUAAAAUCAUUUUGCAAACACCUCUCUCAGCUUUAUAGAUAAUUUACAUACAACAUGUAGUAUUAUAAUUUACUUAUGAUGUGAGUACAAUUCAUAUAUCUGGUGAAAUUAAAGUUUCUGACAAUUAUUGACUUUUUUAUAUCUGCAGUUGCUCCAGCAGAAUAUUAUUUUUAUAUGAAGAACAUAUGUGAGUUAUGAUAAACUGUAUUCAUGUAUUUAAACAAAAUAGAGACCACCUGGCCUAUCUUAAAUAUCCUUUAAAUUAUUUAUCUAAUAUUUCAAUUAUGUUUUUUGAAAUUUGAAGUGCCUUUCACAGAAUUCUUACAAAUACAUGUAUAUCUUUAAGUAUCGUUAGAUAGUGAUUUUAUUAAGUAAUUAACAUAAACAUGUUUUGAAAGACACAAUAGUAUACCUUUUACAUAUGCAGAUAUUGUAAACGAGAGUAUGCAUUCCAGAUUUGGAAAGACAUUGAUCGACUGCCAGUUUAUUUACCUAUAUUUUACCUAACUUGUGAUUGAAUAUGCUUGUGAUUUAUGUAUGUGUUACAUGACAUAAUCUAUUUAUUGAAAUCCAUUUGUUUGACUUAUGAUAUACUGGUAUUUAUAAAUGAUCAAUAAAUUUAGCAGAAAAAGA